AUCCAAGUCAGCUUGAGGACGCCCGGAGGUGGGGCGUCAUGGAAUUACGUUUUGUCCUCGGUCAUCACGUGAUCUUCCUAAAUUUCCGUCAUAGUUGUAGCCGAUGGUUUGUACAUGUGGGCUUGCUGCACGAUGUCGUGUUUUAGUCAAGCAGUGUUAUAAUUUGUCAAACGAGAUUAUGAGUUCCCAGAAAGGAAACGUUACAAGGAAGAGAGCACAAAAACAUCAGAACGUCGUUGGGUUCAAAAAUGACAAAUAUGACAAAAGUGAAAAGAUGAAGCAAUUGAAUGCAAUGGUGCAUACAGGUGUCUGUAAACAUUGUAAGGAAGUGUUGGAAUGGAAAAUAAAGUACAACAAAUAUAAGCCACUUGGCCAGGCUCGGAAAUGUGUUAAAUGCCUUCAGAAAACAGUGAAGGACUCUUACCACAUUAUGUGUAAACCCUGUGCUUUCAAAUUGGAACUCUGCGCCAAAUGUGGGAAGAAAGAAGAGAUUGUGUAUCCAUUGGCUUCUGAGGAAAACCAACGAGAAGACAGCAACGUUGAAAUUAAUCUAAGAACAAGAAGCAGACUAAACAGCGGAAAAGUGGGUGGUGGUGAUGAUGAUGAUGAUGACAACAGUAUUGCUGACUCUGAUUUUGAUAGUGAUGCGGGUAAUGAUGUAAAAGACGACGUUAAUUUCAUUCAAUCCUCUUUAACUCCUCUGCCCACUCCACAUAUGAAUGCAGCAUUGCAUAAAAACAACUCAUCAAAGACUAAAGGAACUGAGGCACAUGGCAUGCUCAAUAUUUCUAUGUUGACUCUGGAUGCAUGAGAGAUCUCGAUCAUAACAUUAUAAUCUUAAAUUACAAUCUUCCAGGAAUAUACAUGACUUAUGUAUCCUGUUGUGUUUUUGUUUGUGUAGCAUGAAACCAAGUGCUCGGGCAUGUGAAUCUGGUAAAUAUUAAACUAAUAUGCUGGAGAUUGGGAUUGUAAGGGCAAACUGUAGAUGGAUGCACGUUGUGUUUGAUGUGUUAUGCUGUUGCAGUUUUGAAGGAAUGUACAUUGAAUUCAUUGGCACCUUACUUAGUUUUCAGUUUAUGGCCAGCAACUUGACCAAUCCGCAUAUUUUGCUCAUGCAGCAUAAAUUGUUGCUCCCUUUUGAAAUUUGCCAUUGUUGCAUCUCUUCUGAUGACUGCAAGAUGAACAUUUCUGAACUACUCCAAUUCUGUACUACCAAACAAUGAUUGUUUUAUUUGGAUCAUCUU